GACAGGAGGAACAAAAUGGCUCAGAAAAGAAUCAUUGGAGGCAAACUCAUCACAGUGCUGUAUCUAGUAGUUAUGUGCAGAGCUGUUACAAUCAAUGACCUGCUGGACCGAGCCUCACAGCGCUCAGACAAAAUGCACUCACUGAGCACGCUGCUCACACAGGAGAUGGGUUCUCUCUUCCCUGCUGAUUGCCACACAUCUGCACUACAAACCCCCAAUGACAAAGUGCAAACUUUGCAAGCAUCACAAUCAGCUCUAAUGUCUCUGGCCCGCUCCCUGCUCCAUGCCUGGGCUGAUCCACUGGUGAUCCUUUCUAACAAUGCCGUCACUCUGCCUCACCCAGCAAAAAGCAGCAUAUCGAGUAAAAUCAACGAGCUGAUGGAGCACUCAAGGACCUUGGCGGAUGGCUUGGAUAUACUGUCAGGCAAGAUGGGUUCCGAUGCUCAGGCCAUCUCUCCUCUGCCUUACACCGGAGGGACUGACCUAGGUCAGGACCGGGUGACCAUACUAAACAAGUUCAAUUUCCUCUUGUCCUGCCUUCGACGCGACUCACACAAGAUCGACAGCUUCUUGAAGGUUCUUCGCUGUCGCGCAGUGAAGUCGCAGCCUGAGUUGUGCUAAAGCCAGCAUGACUCU